AUGAGUUAUCAUCUGUAUCAUUGUUGUAUUGUACCUGAAUGCAAAAAUACGAGCAUAAAAACGCCGGAGAAGUUAUGGAUUCAAGUGGCAAUUGAUUUAAAUAUGAGAAAUAUUUGGUUAAAUCUGGCAAAAAGUCUCUCACUAUACUUAUACUUACUAUACUACAAAUCUAAACUAUACUUCUGUGAAGAUCACUUUGAUCUGGAAAAUGACAUGGAAAAUUACACACAAUGUAAGAUUAUGGGUUAUGUUAAACGAAUUCAAAUUAAUAGAAUAAAUAUUGGUCUUCCAUGUUACCUUUUCAAUAAAAUUCGAAAUAACACAGCACAUUAA